GUGUGUUGUUGCUUCUGUGUUGUAUCAACCCGCAACCAUUUUUAUUUUUUUUUAAAAAAAAAAAAAUUUAAAGAGGGGAGAGCGAGCGAGGGAGGAGGGGAAGCUCAUGCGAGCCUCUCUUCCCUCGCGUCGGCCUUCUCUGAGGUACUGGAAGAGGGGUGUGUGUCACUUUAAGAGAGUGGACUAGGCAAGCCUCGGAGGCGGAGGAGGAGAAGGGAGCAACAGCGGCGGCCGCAGCGGCAGCAGCAAGCCUGGAAGGAUGGCGGACACCGACUUAUUUAUGGAAUGUGAGGAGGAGGAGCUGGAGCCAUGGCAGAAAAUCAGCGACGUGAUUGAAGACUCGGUGGUCGAAGAUUACAAUUCGGUUGACAAAACUGCCACAGUUUCGGUGAGCGUGCAGCCAGUGGCCACCCCAAUGCCGAUUGUUGCCCACGCGUCCCUCGGCGGCGGCCUCACGACGCCCACGUCCGUCAGCGGCAGCGGGCCGCCCAACAGCGACAGCGCGAAGAAGACGUUGGUGACACUCUUUGCAAACAACAGCGCCGGUGCACCUCUAGUCCAGCAAGGCGGGCAGCCGCUGAUCCUCACACAGAACCCGGCUUCCGGCCUAAGCACAGUGGUGACCCAGCCGGUUCUCCGGCCGGUACAGGUCAUGCAGAAUGCCAACCAUGUGACCAAUUCCCCAGUGACCAGCCAACCCAUCUUCAUCACAACCCAGGGUUUCCCUGUACGGAACGUCCGACCUGUGCAAAACGCCAUGAAUCAGGUUGGGAUUGUCCUGAACGUACAGCAAGGCCAGACUGUGAGGCCCAUAACCCUUGUCCCAGCCCCAGGUACCCAGUUUGUGAAACCCGCCGUCGGCGUCCCUCAGGUUUUCUCCCAAAUGACCCAGGUGAGACCCGGUCCGACCAUGCCGGUCCGACCGUCCUCCAACACUUUCACGACGGUCAUUCCGGCCACUCUUACCAUCCGGAGCACCGUCCCACAGUCACAAGCGCAGCCGCAAAUGAGCAUUGCAAGUUUUGUGACGGUGAAAAGGCCCGGGGUGACGGGCGAGAACAGCAACGAGGUGGCGAAGCUGGUGAACACCUUGACGACGGUUCCUUCGCUGGGCCAAACCUCAGGCUCCAUCGUGGUCUCCAACAACAGCCCGGCUCACGGCUCCCAGAGAGCAGGCAUCUCCGAGUCCCCGUCGCAGAAAGUCAGCUCGUCACCCAUUUCCACCUUCGACUUGCAAGACAGCGGGCGGAAAGUCUGUCCCCGGUGCAAUGCCCAGUUUAGAGUCACUGAAGCUUUAAGAGGCCACAUGUGUUACUGCUGCCCUGAAAUGGUGGAAUUCUUGAAAAAAGGGAAACUCUUGGAGUCGGAACCAAAUAUCCAGUCCCCCAAGCCCCCUUCCCCGGAGAAAACGGCUGCCGUUGCUUCGCCCCCCUCCUCCACCCCCAUCCCCGCCCUCUCGCCGCCGGCCAAGAUCUCCGAGCAGAGCGACGGCACAAGCGACGGGGCACAGAGCAAGCUGAUCAUGCUGGUGGACGACUUCUACUACGGCCGGGACGGAGGCAAAGUGAACCAGCUGCUCAAUUUCCCCAAAGUCCCGACGUCCUUCCGCUGCCCACACUGCACUAAGAGGCUCAAGAACAACAUACGGUUUAUGAACCACAUGAAACACCACGUUGAGCUGGAUCAGCAGAACGGGGAGGUGGACGUCCACACCAUCUGUCAGCACUGUUACCGGCAGUUCACCACUCCCUUCCAGCUACAGUGCCACUUGGAAAAUGUACACAGCCCCUACGAAUCCACCACCAAGUGCAAGAUCUGUGAGUGGGCGUUUGAGAGCGAGCCCAUGUUCCUGCAGCAUAUGAAGGACACCCACAAGCCAGGGGAGAUGCCCUACGUCUGCCAGGUCUGCCAGUACCGCUCGUCGCUCUACUCCGAGGUGGACAGCCACUUCCGAAUGGUGCACGAGGACACGCGGCACCUCCUCUGCCCGUACUGCCUCAAGGUCUUCAAGAACGGCAACGCCUUUCAGCAGCACUUCAUGAGGCAUCAGAAGAAGAGCGUCUACCACUGCAACAAGUGUCGGCUGCAGUUCCUCUUCGCCAAGGACAAGAUUGAGCACAAGCUACAGCACCACAAAACGUUCCGCAAGCCCAAGCAACUAGAGGGGCUGAAGCCGGGCACCAAGGUUACCAUCAGGGCCUCCAGAGGACAACCACGGACAGUGCCUCUCUCGGCGAACGACAUGCCCCCAGGCCUCCUACAGGACGCCACCUUGCUGUCGGCCUCUUCGGAGCCCCAGCCCAACUUCCCGUAUCCGCCGUUCCAGAGGAACAUCCAGAAGAAAGCCGUCAGGAAAAUGAGCGUCCUCGGCAGGCAGACGUGCCUGGAGUGCAGUUUCGAAAUCCCGGAUUUCCCGAACCACUUCCCAACCUACGUCCACUGUUCGCUGUGCCGUUACAGCACCUGCUGCUCACGGGCCUACGCCAACCACAUGAUCAACAACCACGUUCCUCGCAAGAGUCCGAAGUACUUGGCCUUGUUCAAAAACUACACCGCUUGCGGGGUGCGGUUAGCUUGCUCCGCUUGCCUCUUCGUGACGUCGGAAGGUGACGCCAUGGCCAAGCACCUUGUCUUCAACCCGUCGCACGAAUUCAGCAACGUCAUUCUACGAGGUCCGACCUGGAGUUCCCACGCAAGGCCCGCUCAGCCUUUCGACCGAGGCCUGAAAGCGCCGGCCUCCAACUACCCCCCAAGCAAAGCUGCUACUGUGAACGCGUCAUCUCCUCCGCCCGAGGGCGAGAAGGGCGAGGAGGCGCCUAGCGAGGAGGUGCCCGAGGCCGGCAAAAGGCCUCCCGCCGUGGCCCAGGAGGACGAGUGCUUGCACAUCGAGGACCCGGAGGAGGAGCCGCCGGCAAAGGAAGUGCCUGAGCCCGUCAGCAAAAAGGAGCAGCUCUCCGUGAAGAAGCUGCGGGUGGUUCUCUUUGCUUUGUGCUGUAACACCGAACAGGCGGCGGAACACUUCAAGAACCCCCCGAGGCGGAUCCGGCGCUGGCUGAGGAGGUUCCAGGCUUUCCAGGAGGAGAACGUGGCCUCUCUGUCCGAGGCCAAGUACCUGAGCUUAGAGGCCGAGGAGAAGCUGGCGGAGUGGGUCCUCACCCAGCGCGAGCAGCAGUUGCCGGUCAACGAGGAGACCCUCUUCCAGAAGGCCACAAAGAUCGGGCGGUCCCUGGAGGGCGGCUUCAAGAUCUCCUACGAGUGGGCGGUCCGCUUCAUGCUCCGGCACAACCUCAGCACGCACAACCGCCGGGCGGUGGCCCACCCGCUCCCCAAAGACGUGGAGGGCCACGCCGGCUGCUUCAUUGAGUUCGUGCAGCGGCAGAUCCACACCCAGGAUCUGCCGCUCUCCAUGAUCGCGGCCAUCGACGAGAUCUCCCUCUUCUUGGACGUGGAGGUGCUGUGCAGCGACGACCGGAAGGAGAACGCUUUGCAGACGGUGGGCACGGGGGAGCCCUGGUGCGACGUGGUCUUGGCCAUCCUGGCCGACGGGAGCGUCCUGCCCACCCUCGUCUUCUACCGGGGCCGCGUGGAGCAGGCGGCCAACGUGCCCGAGACCAUCGUCCUCGAGGCCAAGGAGAGCGGCUACAGCGACGACGAGAUCAUGGACGUCUGGGCCUCCAAGGUGUGGCACAAACACAUAGAGAGCCAAAACAGCAAAGGCAUGCUGGUCCUGGAUUGCCACCGGACGCACCUCUCGGAAGAAGUCCUGUCCGUGCUGAGCUCCUCCAGCACGCUGCCGGCCGUCGUCCCGGCCGGCUGCAGCUCCAAAAUCCAGCCCUUGGAGGUUUGCAUCAAAAGGACCGUGAAAAACUUUGUGCACAAGAAAUGGAAAGAGCAGGCCAAGGAGAUGGCGGACUCCACGUGCGACUCGGACAUCCUCCUCCAGCUGGUCUUGUGCUGGCUGGCCGAGGCGCUGGAGGUCAUUGGCGACUGCCCGGAGCUGGUGCAGCAGUCUUUCCUGGUGGCCAGCGUGCUGCCCGGCCCCGACGGCACGGCCAACACGCCCACCCGCAACGCCGACAUGCAGGAGGAGCUGAUCGCCUUGCUGGAAGAGCAGCUGAAGCUCAGCCACGAGCCCCAAGACGAGGAGGCUGACUUGCCGGACGGGGCGCAGGGCGAGGAAUCCGCCAACCCCGAGAUCCUCCACCAGCUCUUCGAGGGAGAGAGCGAGACGGAAUCCUUCUACGGCUUUGAGGACGCGGAUCUGGAUCUGAUGGAAAUCUGAGCACAGAGAAGAAUUCAUUCUCCUUUUUUUAAAAACACAAACAGAAAUAUCAACGUUGGACGAGACCAUUUUCACUUCCCUGUGGAUUUGUGGGUGAAGGAGAUUAGUAGGUGAACACGCAGACUAAUAACCAUGGAUGCUGUUCAUUUAUUUCUUCCCCCCCUCCCCCUUUUUCGUGCUUAAUUUGUUUUUGUUUUGCUUAAAUCACUGUUAUUGGUAAUUUCUGAAGAUAUAUUGUGGGUGAAUUUAUUAUUUGGGGUUUUUUUUUGUUUUGCAUUUUCUUUACCUCAGUGUAUUAUAGUUUCUGGUUGUUGUUUUUGUUCUUGUUUUAUACUGUGCAAAAGGUUUUUAAUUCUACUACAUCAUCAAUGUGACCUUUCUGGAAGACAAGGAAAACCAUUAUGUAGCUAAUGAAUGAAUCUCUCGGAGUCUCUUUUUUAAAAAAAAUUGUUUUAACACAAGAUUAUUUUUCUUUUAACACUUGGAGCCAGAAACCAAGAUUUCUGGGGUAACCUUUGUUUUUAAGGUAUGAAUGAUUACUUUAACAUGUGAUGCGUUCUAUAGCCGCCCCCUGAAAUUUGAGAUUUCCUACUAAAAAGAAGACAGCAAUUAAAUGCAGGCAUCCUCACUUAGGCAGGGGGAGUGUGUGGAUUUCUCCUGUUCGACACCAGCAAAUGGAUCUUUGGACUAUGCGGUACUGUGCUUUGAAAAGGAAGGUUGAGCAAAGAUCCACUUGUAGAAAGCUACCUGGACUUCCUGACGGUUGAUGGGCUUCUCUGUCUCCGCUGGAGAAACCUAUCAGUUUACCUGCUGCUUUUGAAUUGCUAACACAUAGACUAUGGAAGAUCUAAGCUCUUUGCAGGAAACUUCCUUGGGCGGUUGGUUUCGAGCGAAUUCUCUUAUGGACCAUUUAAAACUUUCUUUUCUAAAAAAAAACUAUCGAUAGCUGCUGAAAUCUGCUUUCUCCUAUGACAUCAAGACACUACUACGUUCCCUGAAAGGAGUGCUCCAAUCGAACCCCAGCGAUGACAUGCACAGACACACACAGAAAGAGGGCAAUUUUUCCUGUUUUUAUUUUUCACUGCCAGCGUAAAAAAUGGAGACAAAAAAAAAAAGAUGUUUUUUCUACUGUUUGCAUGUUUGAGAGUUUUUUUAAAAAAAUUGUAACGUAUUACGGUCUAAAUAACGGAAGCGUUUUGACAUGACAAAAGUGGGAACCCACCCAACCUCAGCACCAUUUCUGUUCUUUCCGUUGAGGUUUUCAAGAAAAUCUCCCUUACCCACCCCUCACCCCACCC